AAGAAAUAAUCACUUUUCAAAUAAAUCUACAAUUUAUCCUAUGCGUGACAAAUUAUUUCACACACGUUUGAUACGGUUUCACGUUCGAUCGAUGUCAUGGGCAAAGUUCAAGAACAGGUUUUGCAGAGCGGUAAUUGAAACUAGUGUACCUACAUUAUACUAUACAUAUAUAUAUGCAUAUAUAUACAUAUAUAUCGGGUUAAUGUGAUCUCCCUGUCUCUAACGCAACCAUUCCACACGCGUGCCUCUACGAUUAUUACGUACAUUAGUUAUAUACCUGGCGAAUUUCGUUCGUUGUCGUAGUUAGCGAUAGUUACUUUUCAAUAUACACUCGAGGUUGUCUAUAGAAUUAAAGCUCAACACUGUUAAUGUUAUAUAUGUAUAAGUGGAGACCGAGUUACAAAGAUUGCGCAAGCGAGAAGACAUCUCAUGAGAAGAUAACUCAAUGUACCGGAUGAUCACGAGAGGACGAUGACAGGAUGUCGUGUCUUCAGGGCAAUAAUAUUUACUCUCGCUAUUUGGAAUUCGAUCCUAAAUGCAGAGAAAACCGACGAAGAAGUCUCGUUAGAAUAUGGCAAUCCAAAGUAUCUUCAAUCUCAGAAAUAUAUGUAUUCUUGGACAGGACCUAAUGCGUUAGCGAGAUCCGCUUUGUUGGAACGUCAAGAAAGAUUACAGUAUAAUUGCGAGGAGAUUAUUAAACGUAAUAAUGUUGAAAAUGGAACGCUGAGUCCUGAAUCCUUUAGGAACAUCCUCGUGGACGAGCAACACGAGUUGCUUUAUUGUUAUGUACCAAAGGUUGCCUGUACAAACUGGAAACGCGUGUUAAUGAUCGCCACAGGAAAGUGGCCUGGAAAUGAUCCUUUAGAAAUACCGGCUGAUCAGGCCCACUCACCAGGAGUUUUUUUAAGACUAAGUAAUUACACUGCUCCAGAAAUUGAGAAAAAAUUAACCUCUUAUGACAAACUUAUAGUCGUUCGACAUCCAUUCGAAAGGCUACUAUCAGCUUAUAGAAAUAAACUGGAAGCGAAACACGAAAAGAGCUCGAGAUACUUUCAAACUCGUUUUGGGAAGAAAAUUAUAAAGAAGUACAGAGUGAAUGCUACGCAAGAAUCAUUGCAAAAUGGGGACGAUGUUACGUUCAGAGAGUUUGUAGAAUUCAUUACCAAUGAUACCGAAAAUGGUACGAGGAACGAACAUUGGAGACCUAUAUAUGAAUUAUGUCAGCCAUGCGUAGUUAAUUAUAAUCUUGUUAGUAAGUAUGAAACCUUGGUGGAAGACGCUACGGAAGUGUUGGAAAGGAUGAAUGUUGUCUCCGUCAAUUUUCCAUCGAAACCACCGAGCAGCGAGCCAACCUCCAAGAAAUUGGAUAGAUAUUAUUCGACUCUAAGUUAUAAACAAUUGAGGAAGUUGGAAGAUUUGUACAAAUUAGAUAUGAAAUUGUUCGAUUAUUCACUGGAGGACGUUUUAGGAUUUUCUUUAGCUUAAAUUUAUAGUGAGAAUUACGUGUACAGAUGACUGAGAUUCAACGAAUUAAAAGAGAUUCAGAUUUUUUUUUUUUUUUAUUUAUUUAUACUAGAAUGAUAUCAAAUAAUAGACUAGUUUAUCUAUUAAGAAUUCUGUCAAGUCACUACGUUAUAGCGAUUUUUUAAUUUUACGCUGAUCUUCGUCAACAACUUUAUAAUUUAAAAUGAGUAUGUCUGGUCUUUUUUGUUCGAUGAUAUUGUAGAAGGAAGUAUUCCUAAUGUUAUUGAAUUUGAUUUCUUACGAUUUUUAUUACAUGCAUAAGUGCGACUAGAAGUAAAAUUUUAUAUUUUUCUUUUAGAAUCGAACCGAAUUCGAAUGUCAAAUUGAUACGUUCCAUUUGUAUGUGAUUACGUUUUUCUUCUUCUUCUUCUUCUUCUUUUUUUAUAAUAUUCAAUUCAAAUAAUUAUAUUGAUUUGGAUAAGUUAUAGUUCGCAAGAAUGUCAAAGUUUAUAUUAUAUUUUUAAAUAUUUUACGUAAUAACGUAUUGGUAAGGUAACGAAUUAUAUAUUUAUUGAGAUUGGAAGGAAACAAACGAUGCAAAAAAAAUAAUGACUUUUUUGAUACGAAACUUUGUCUAGUUUUACGAAAGUCACGAAAGGGAAAAGAAAAAACAACAAAAAAGAAAAUAAAAAAUAAUUACGAAUUUACGUAACAUUUUGGUAGAAGUUUGAAACGUAUCCGUUGAAAACAUUGUUCAUCGAAGUCGAUGUUUGCUUAGAGAGCUAAAUUUAAAUUAGGAUUCGGAGAUGACGAACGAGACGGGGUUUUAUACAGACUAACUUUGGAUAAAGAGUCGAAGAACCUUAGUCUAAUCAUAAAGGAAAACUUACAAGUAUGUGCGAGGUCGAAAAUAACUUUCCAUCAAUCAAUUUGAAGGACUUUCAAAGUUCUAGAGUUUAUUGCUACGUCAAUGAUAACGAAUGCAUAAAAAAGCAAUUGAGAUGAAUUUACGAGCAAUGAAAACCGCAACAAAUUCAUUUAAAGUAUUUAGAUUAUUUCUCACAUGAUAAUAGUCUAUAUACGCUAUUGUAUUAAGUGCGAAUUAAUAUUUUAUACGAAAGAUAAUGCAUUUGCAUGAUGCAUUUAUUAAAUCAUGUAAUUUUCAUAUAAAUUAUUAGUAAAGAUUAGCAAACCUUCGUAACGAGGAAGGAUCGAUCGAUGAAAUUCUUCAUAAAUCGAUUAAAGAAAAAACCUUCAACGAAUGAGGAUCGAUUUACUGAUUUAUUUGUCUGUUGUAAGGUCAGCAGAAAUCGUUAAGACGUAGAACUGUGCUCUAUGUGCCACACCUUCGCAGUUACGCGAACUUCCUACUUAUAUUAUUAUACGAUAUAAAAAGCUCAGUAAGAAAAAAAAAAGAGAAAUAAAACAAUGAAAAAAAAAAGAAGAAAAUAAUAAUAAUAAUGAUAAAAUAUUCCGUACCUUGAAAUAUGUUAACUCUUUCGAAGACCUUCAAACUAGGACUAGCGCGUAUAUUUUUCUUCUAGAUUUUUUAUCUCAUGGCAAAAGAAAUUGUUUUACAUAAGAAAUCAAGGGUUAAAGAAAUAAAAAAAAAGAAAAGCAAAGAAACAAAAUAAGAAACGGAAUGAGACGAGAAUACUUUCUAUAAAACUUUCUUUGAUCAAAUAUCUCCGUCAUCCACGUCCCUCCUCUCUCCUCAUUUUUCUCUACUUUUGUCACGUGUAAAUCAAUCUGGCGCCACACGUGAGACGACUUCUCGUGUCUUGCUGAAAAAGAAAAAAAAAAAAAGAAUAAAUAAAUAAAAAUUCUUUUCGUAUUUCUCAUGUCAUAAAUUCGACGCGUGGGCGUCCAUCCGGACGAGGCAUUUUGUUUAAAAAUAAAAGUCACUUUCCGGCUUGGCAGAUGCGUAUUUGUCGGCAUACGACACAUCGACAUCAACCCUCUUUAUGUAUCCAGACUUGUAGGUUUAUAAUUAAAUGAACGAUCGAACAUUAGAAUCUCGGCUUGUACCGAAUUUUGUAAGCCUUUUCCGAGUCUCAUUAAUUAAGUGGAUAAUAAUUUUGGGUUGGCUAGCUUGGAAGGUCGAUUACCUUUUCUAUAUUUAAUACGAUUAGAUAAUAUUUCGAUAGUAAUAUUUUUUUCGAAUAAUCUUUGUCAUUUUAAUCAUCUUAUCGUACUUGAAAAUAAAUUAUAUUUUUCACUCGAAACAAUGACAAAGAAUACGCGAAUAGAUUAAACGAGUAAUAUGUAAUUCAUCAUUAAACAUGAUCAUUCGAAUGUUAUAUCUCGAUAGAUUUUUAGUCUCGAAAGAAUAAUAACGAGAGAAUGCCUUAAUAUAACUUCGAGGUGGCCAGAGCUCUUCUCCGAAGCUCUCUGGUGUCGGCUGGUUUCGAAUUUUGCAACGACGGUGGUGGAAUCGGACCUACCAAUCCUGGAGCAGAGAUUACACGGGUAAGGAGCUAGCAAUCGAAUCGAGUGGGGAGAAGCUCAACAACGGCGAUUCCUGGAGGAAUUUCGGGAUCUCGAACGGAUCCUUUGCGUAGUGAUCCAGUCUACGAUCGGACGUAAAGUCGUGUGGAACGUAUCGUUCGCUGCUUUCCGAUCAAUUUCCAAAAGCACGCGGGGAAUUUUCGUAGAUCGAUCUACCGAUCUUUCGUUAUCAAUCCCAAACGUAUAUUUCUUCGUCGAUUCGCGGUGAAUCGAAUAGAAGACAGAAUCUAAAAUGCCACAGCCGGCUCACGAAACUAAAAACAUUCUUACCACUUACUUGAUCUUGAUUUUACUUUUGAUAUCGUUAUGGUUACUCUACUCGGGGAUAUUUUAAUUCCCUAAUUUUUUUGUUCGUUAUGAGUUGAAAUAUGAAAGACGAAGAAUGCGAGUUUCUCGAAGGCUGGACGACUUUCUCGAUCGAUACUCGAGAAUCGAGAAUGGAAAGGAUAUCGAUUAUUACACAAGAUCAAUUUUAUGUUUCCGGAUCCUUCUUGAUCUCGUUAAUCGGAAUGAGAUCAUCGAUUUACUGUAUAGAUUAAUAUUCAUUGUUUAAGUUUCAAUAAGUUGAUAAGUUAAAGAAUUAAUCAAAACUAUCAUGUUAUCGGAAAUAGAUUUUUUUUUUUUUCUAUGUACGGAGACAGGGAGAGAGUGAAAUUCUUUUUUUUUUUUGUUAGAACGUCAUAUUUAUGAUUGUGCCAUUUUAUAGAACGUAUGAAAUAUUCAAAAAAUUUUAAUAUGAAAACGGGUAUACGAUGCGUGUGGGUGCGAUUGAAUGAAUGUAUUCGUAGGCACAAUGUGUGAACGUAUUCAAUGCUUAUAUAAAAGUAACGAUAGUGCGUGGAAAAUAACAGCCAACAAUUACACAUAAAAUAAUGGCAUUACUUAUGUUUCAAGGACGAACAUUCAAAGAAUUUGCGAUCUAGAUAAAUGCGAAAUAUUGUUUUUAAUUCCUUAUAAAACAUUUUAUUUUAGCGACGUUGAUGCGAUCAAAUUGGAACGAAUUAAAUGUCUGAAAGAUGAAGGAAUGAAAUUUCUUACUAUGUUCCCAUAGUAAAAUUUUCAUUAUAUCCGUAUACUCAAAUAUAAUAUACAUAUAAAUAUUUCGUAUAGAGUAGUUUGUGAAAAGACUUGGAGAAAUUUAAUUUUACUUGUGAAAAAGUCAAUGGCCGUGAGGCCAUUGAUGAAAAAAAAAAAAAAAAAAAAAAAAAAAAAGGAAAUAAAAAAAUUAGUAAAAGAGAAACGAGAAAAAAGGAAAAGAAAAAAAAGAAAAGAAAAAGAUGGGCCUUGCCUUCUGUAGAAAAUAAGUAAACGUUUGGGUUACAUGGACGAUGAACAUGGAAAGCGUGGGUGUUUAUACGAAAAUAGCCGAUGCUUUCAGUUCUCUUCUUCGAUGUUUCACUGUUUCACCACUACGUACAUAUCUACGUAGGUAUGUACGUAUAGAAGAGGAAAUCAGUAUUUUCUAUAGAAGAUCCGAAAAUAACCGAUGAGAGAAACGAAAGGAAUAUCAACGUUCCUCUUUUCGUCCUGUUCCAUCUAAAAAAGCAAUAAAUAACGAUUCGAUAGAGUGUUUA